AUCGUUUACAAGACAUUACCGACUUUGGUCCGCAUGUGUAAGAAAGAUAAGGAGCCGUCGGUUCGGGCGACCGGUGCUGACAUUCUCGCCUAUUUGACUGAAAUCGACACUAUUCUACAGCAAACGGCCAGUAUAUGCGAUCAUCUGAUCCCAACGUUGGCCGAACUCCUGAAGUAUCAAUCGAAUUGCAUAUCACUCUUGGGUUACUCUGACCUCAAUAAUCAACCGAUAACUGCGGCCACAGUGAAGAAGUUGGAACAGGAAGUGAUCACAACGCAAGAGAUAAAACAGGCGGCGUUCAAAGCAUUCGCCUCUUUGGGCGCCAACGAUGAAGACAUAAGAAAAAAGAUUAUUGAAACCGAUUAUAUAAUGGAUCACAUUGUGAGCGGUCUCUCGGAUCCCAACAUAAAGACCCGAUUGUCUGCUCUCCGAUGUCUCCAUAGUUUGUCGCGUUCUAUACAACAAUUGCGGACAACAUUUCAAGACCACGCCGUUUGGAUUCCCCUAAGAAAUCUCUUACACAACGCGUCCGACGAGAUAUUGAGUGUCGCCUCCAGUACUUUAUGCAACCUUUUGCUUGAAUUUUCUCCGAGUAAACAACACUUCUUAGAUCGCGGAGCCGUAGAUCUGUUGUGCGAACUGACGCGCAGAGAAGAGGCAGCGCUGCGUCUGAACGGCGUUUGGGCGCUCAUGAAUAUGGCCUUUCAGGCCGACCAGAAUGUUAAGUCACAAAUUCUCAACUCUUUAGGAACCGAUCAAAUAUUUCGACUUCUGUCCGAUCCGGACGUCAACACAUUGAUGAAGACUUUGGGUCUUUUGCGGAAUUUGCUCUCAAAUAAACCGCAUAUCGACCACAUAAUGAGUUUGCAUGGAAAACAGGUGAUGCAAGCCGUCAUUCUGAUCCUCGAAGGCGACCACACGUCCGAAGUGAAAGAACAGGCGCUCUGUAUUCUGGCCAACAUUGCCGACGGAGACUCAGCCAAAGAGUUCAUUAUGUCCAACGAAGACGUGCUCAAGAAGUUGACGUCAUAUAUGAUGCACUCCAAUGUGAAGCUCCAAAUAGCGGCCACUUUCUGCAUAUCGAACCUCAUCUGGUCUGAAGAGGACGGCGCCAACAAUAGACAGGACAGGCUUAAGGAGAUGGGCGUACUGAAGCUCCUGCAACAGCUGCUCACCACCAAUGAUACCACUCUUUUCGAUAGGGUUAAGACAGCGUUACAACAGUUUAAUAAUUAACUAAUUAUGUUUUUUUUCAUCCACUUAUUUAUAUAUACAAAUAUUUGGUCCAUAUUUUGAUAUAUUUAAAAAAAACUCAC